AUGUCGGUUCAGAGAGCGCUUCUGGCAGCCGUCGCGCUCCUCAGAGUCACAGCUCAGGCUGCAGGGGUUUCAGGCACUGCUUUUGGCUUUGCGACAGGAACGACUGGUGGUGGCAAUGCCGCUGCUGCCGCUCCUAGCGACAUCGCCCAGCUCACUGAGUGGCUGACCGACAGCAUUCCCCGAGUGAUUCUGAUCGACAAGGAGUUCAACUACCUGGGCAGCGAGGGCAAGUGCUUCAACUGCAAAUGCUGCGUUCCUGACUCCAACACGUGUGGCAGCUCGGGCCAGAAUGCCAUUGCCCUGGCCUCUUCUUCCUGGUGUGGAACCUACCCGACGACCACUUGCACCUACGAUAAGGCGGCCCUCGAGGGCAUCAAUGUCUCCUCGCACAAGUCCAUUGUCGGUGUUGGCAGUGCCGGCGUCAUUCGCGGCAGAGGUCUGCGUCUGGCGAACGGCGUCAGCAACGUGAUCAUCCAGAACAUCCACAUCACCGAUCUUAACCCGCAGUACAUCUGGGGUGGCGAUGCGAUUACUCUGGAUGGCACUGACCAGAUCUGGAUUGAUCACGUCAAGAUCUCCCUGAUUGGGCGUCAGAUGUUUGUCGCUGGCUUCGAUUCUAGCGGUCGUGUUACCAUCUCCAACAGCGAGUUUGACGGACGGACCAGCUGGUCCGCCUCCUGUGACGGCCACCACUACUGGACUAUCCUGGGCUACGGUAAGAAUGACAAGGUCACUUUCACGGGAAACUAUAUCCACCACACCUCCGGCCGCUCCCCCAGGCUCGAAUUCGACAACUACUGGCACGUCUACAACAACUACUGGUUCAGUAACACCGGCCACGCCUUUGACGUCGGUGAGGGCACCAACGCUCUUAUUGAGGGCAACGUCUUCGAUCAGGUGAAAACUCCUCUGCUCACUCCCGGCAAGACCUUUGCGGUCAGCUCCAGCGACAUGUCGACCUGCAACUCCAUGCUCGGUCGUUCAUGUUCUGCCAACACCCUCACCACGUCAGGCACUCUGUCGGCCAGUGACCAGUCCGUCCUCUCCAGCUUCCCCAGUGGCGGGUCACGCUUUAACCUGUUGGAUGCCGGUCGCGUCAAGUCCUCAGUCCUCAGCAAUGCUGGCAUCGGUAAACUCCGCCGCUCCAGGGCCUCUAAGAAGAAGGACCGUCAGUAUGCUGGCAUCACACCCUCCGUCCCUGCCUCCUCUGCUGCUGGCUCGGGUGCGAGCCCUACCGGCCCUCCCCCUCAAUUUAGCUGGACGACCAUUGUUGUCAAGCCCACCCCCCUGCCCAGCGGUCCUCCCGCUCGUCCUCAGGGAAGCUAG